AUGUCUUCUCAUGGAACAGACUUUAUGGGUGAUAUAACACCCGUGGCACAGUGUUCUGCUGCCAAAGAAUUGGCCAUAAAAAAACUAGUGUACGUUUAUCUGAUGCGCUAUGCAGAGGAACAGCAGGACCUGGCAUUGUUGUCCAUCAGCACUUUUCAGCGAGCUCUAAAGGAUCCUAAUCAGUUAAUCCGUGCAAGUGCUUUGAGAGUUUUAUCUAGUAUUCGUGUACCAAUUAUUGUUCCUAUUAUGAUGCUUGCUAUUAAAGAAGCUUCUGCCGAUUUAUCUCCUUACGUUAGAAAAAAUGCAGCCCAUGCGAUCCAAAAACUGUAUAGUCUUGAUCCAGAGCAAAAGGAAAUGUUAAUUGAAGUGAUAGAAAAGCUUCUGAAAGAUAAAAGUACGCUGGUAGCUGGGAGUGUGGUUAUGGCAUUUGAAGAAGUGUGCCCGGAUAGAAUAGAUCUGAUUCAUAAGAACUAUCGAAAGCUGUGUAAUUUGUUGGUUGAUGUGGAGGAGUGGGGACAAGUUGUUAUUAUCCACAUGCUAACUCGAUAUUCACGUACACAAUUUGUGAGUCCUUGGAAGGAGGAUGGUGUUUUGGAAGAGGGCAAUGAGAAGGAUUUCUAUGAGUCUGAUGAAGAACAGAGAGAAAAAGAUCAGAAAGUGAAGAAACCCUAUGCUAUGGAUCCAGACCAUAGAUUGCUGAUACGAAAUACAAAGCCCUUAUUGCAAAGCCGGAAUGCAGCUGUGGUGAUGGCAGUUGCCCAGCUUUACUGGCACUUGGCACCGAAGUCUGAAGCUGGCAUUGUUUCUAAAUCCUUAGUGCGUUUACUUCGUAGCAAUAGGGAAGUGCAGUAUAUUGUUCUGCAGAAUAUUGCAACUAUGUCAAUUCAAAGAAAGGGGAUGUUUGAACCUUACCUGAAGAGUUUCUAUGUUAGGUCAACUGAUCCAACAAUGAUCAAAACAUCAAAGCUUGAAAUCUUGACAAAUUUAGCAAAUGAGGCCAACAUAUCAACACUACUUCGAGAAUUUCAGACCUAUGUGAAAAGCCAAGAUAAACAAUUUGCUGCAGCUACAAUUCAGGCUAUAGGCAGAUGUGCAACCAACAUCUCAGAAGUGACUGACACAUGCCUUAAUGGCCUAGUGUGCUUGUUGUCCAACAGGGAUGAAAUAGUAGUUGCUGAAAGUGUAGUUGUCAUUAAGAAACUGCUACAAACACAGCCUGCACACCAUGGUGAAAUUAUUAAACAUAUGGCAAAGCUCUUGGACACUAUUACU